CACUGACUUCGCUACGGUAUGGUUGUCAUUUCGUCCGUCUAUCAAAGAACGUGAUAGAUGAAUGGAAAAUAAUUAACUUUAUCGCAGCGAAGACAUCUCUCGUAUCUCCUCGAAACAUAACGCCGCGCGUGUAAUAACACCUAAGUGAUUUUCUAAAAGUGUUCACUUCUACACAACACCGCCAUGAUCGAUGUUAGAAACAAAGAUGGCGGAAUAAUACGGUGAUCAUAACCAAACGCGUUGUUUUGUCGUGUGUAGCGUUAUGUGCUGUAGUGGGCGGCGGCUGCAGCAGUGUCGGGGUGCGUGAGUGAGGAGGAGAGGCGCGAUGGGGGCGCGGCCGGGGUGAUGCCGCCGCGGCCAGCGGCCGGCCGCGCGGCCAUGGCGGCCGACAGCGAACGCCCGCCGCUCGCUCUCUUCACCGCUGUCUACGACUAUGUGGCACAGGGAGAGGAUGAGCUUUCCCUGCGUCGCGGCGAGAUCGUCGAGGUGUUGUCCAAGGACGCCAACAUCUCCGGCGAUGAGGGCUGGUGGACGGGAAAGAUCGGCGAUCGCGUCGGUAUAUUCCCUGCCGUAUACGUGACGGAGGAAGACCCGCUGGCCGUGGAGCCGCCUCGCGUCUCCUUCUCCGAGUUGAAACUGGAGGAAGUGAUCGGGGUAGGCGGCUUCGGGAAAGUGUAUCGUGGCUAUUGGAACGGUGAAGUAGUAGCGGUGAAGGCGGCGCGUCAGGACGCGAACGAAGAUAUCGAAGUUAUAAAAGAGAGUGUGUUGCAAGAGGCGAGACUGUUCUGGGUGCUGCAACAUGAGAAUAUAGUGUCGUUAAAGGGGGUCUGUCUGGGGGAGCCGAACUUUUGUCUGGUGAUGGAAUAUGCGCGCGGUGGGCCUCUCAACCGAGUGCUUUCUGGUCGUAAGAUACGGCCAGACAUCCUGGUGGACUGGGCCAUUCAGGUGGCGCAAGGCAUGGCGUACCUUCACGUUGGCGCGCCCAUGUCGCUCAUCCACAGGGACCUCAAGAGCUCUAAUGUGUUACUGAGCGAGGCUAUCCUGCCGGAUGACCAGUUGGAGGACAAGACUCUCAAGAUCACAGACUUCGGUCUGGCGCGGGAAGUGUACAAGACCACCAGGAUGUCGGCCGCGGGAACAUACGCGUGGAUGCCGCCUGAGGUGAUAAAACACUCGACGUUUUCCCACGCGUCCGAUGUGUGGUCCUAUGGCGUGUUGCUAUGGGAACUGCUCACGGGAGAGACGCCGUACAAAGGUAUAGACGCGCUGGCCGUGGCGUAUGGAGUAGCUGUCAACAAGCUCACGUUGCCCAUACCUAGCACCUGUCCUGAACCUUGGAGAGUGUUGAUGGAAGCGUGUUGGCGAUCAAACCCUCGCGAGCGUCCUUUAUUCCCCGAGAUCUUGGAACAGCUAGAGAAGAUCAGACAAUCGGAGUUCACGCGCGCCCCACACGAAUCCUUCCACACGAUGCAGGACGGAUGGAGACUGGAGAUCGAGGAGGUACUCCGAGACCUCAGGAGAAAGGAGAAGGAGCUUCGAUGCCGAGAGGAGGAGCUGACUCGUGCCCAACUUCAGCAGCGUCUGAUGGAACAGAACCUCGCGCAGAAGGAGAGGGAGUUGGAGAUGAGAGAGAUCGACCUCGUCGCCAGGGAACUUCACAUACUGAUUUUCGCGAGCAAUAUGUCCGCUAACCAACCGCCACAGCCUAAUAAACGGAAAGUUCCAGGCAAAUUCAGUAAGAUAAAGCUGCUGAAGAAGGACACGAUCUCGUCUCCGCUGGACUUCAGGCACACGCUGACGGUGCGACCCUCGGAGGAUGAGUCCAGCGUCAAACAGCUCGUCGCCGUCGCCAAGGACACGCCGCCAGGAUCGCCCGCCAUCAUGAGGGCUAUUGCCCUGCCCGCGGACGGAGUGAAGGGCAAGACGUGGGGCCCGUCGACGGUGCACCAGCGCUCGCGCACGCAGCUGCCGCUGGGCGCGGCGGCGCCGCUGCCCCGGCCGCGACACGCGCGCUUCAGCAGCUCCGCGCCCGACCUGCCGCCCGCCUCCCGCACAGGUUGUUUUCUUCCUUACACAGACUUCAGUCCGGACGACUGGGGGCCUGAGUUCCCGCUGUCCACCGCCUCGAGGUACUCCGUGCCUAUGCCAACGUUGUAUAGCACUGAAGGUUACAAAUUCAAGAAGCCAAGUAUAAUCGAGCUGGUGCUAUACAAUAUGGCGGCGCUGCUGGGCGGGGUGGCCGCUGGCUAUGACGUCAGAGUAUCCAAUGUCAGCCCGCUACAUCCUACGUUACAACCGCAUAGACCAGAAAUAGAGCCAGAUCCACUAAGCUCAUCAGUGUACGAGGGGUUUGGGUAUGCGCACAACACGUACCACGGACCCACCAGACAUUUGCGAGCGCCGCUCAAUGCCAUCACCGGCUCCCCUAUUUCGGGCCUGCAGUCAGAUGAACAGAAACCGAUCAGGUUCACCGACUCCCCCACCCACUACGCGCACCCAUCGUCCUCGUCCGGCUACGGACACUCCGCGCAGCCGCUGUCCGGCACGUCCGGGCUCGGCACCAACUACACCUCCACGCAGCCACCCACGCCCUCGCCGCGACGGACCUCCUCCUCCACCUCCGACCACCUCGCAGACCUCUACCACAACUACAGGGAAAAUUUCCAACCCUCGCCCUCACAAGACAGGGACUACUUCUACCGGGCCGAGCCCUACGCGUACGACAGGACCGCUGACUACGUCGUCAAGCACCCGUACUACGGCUAUGACGAGUGCUCAUUCGAGUACAGGGAACCCACCCCGGACUACAGGCCCUCGCCACAGUACCUCACACACAGACGAACUCCGUCAAACUCCUCCGCUUCUAACUCCCACCCUGAGGAGUUCUCUCCCUCCCGACAGUAUAGAAGUAAAGAGAAGAGAGACGAUUACAGACCCAAGACUGAGUACCCACGUAAAUCGAACGAUUAUUCCUUACCGAGAGACUUUUAUAGACAAGACUCACAAGAGAAGAGCGAAGUGGAGCGACCCGCGAACUUGGGGCUGGAGCUGGCGCCGACCAAGCUGCGGUCGAGUCUGAAGAAGUACAACAAGAAGUCGUCAGCCUCGGGCUCCGGCUCCGGCGGCGGCACGCCCACCAACCCGACGCCGCCCGACAGCCUGACGAGUGAGACGGACAGCUCGUACGUGUCGGCGCGGGACGCGUCCAGCGGGUCCACGUCGCGCGUGCGGUUCAGUCCGGAGACCAUGGAGCCCGAGCGCCGACCCUCGCGCCACACGUAGCGAAGGCUCAAGAAGUUCGACGACUACCUCGUCUGACGCGGGACUGUACAUACGCUUGCGGGUAGUCCGUGGAACGCUUCGCUUCACACCUGUUUAUUUACAGUGACUUUACGCACUUUGAUGUUAGUGACGUAGCCAAGGCGGGCUUGUGAAUGUGGACGAACUGAAAGGUUGUUUACUUGCAUUUAACCAAGUGUUAUUUCAGUGACUAAAAUGUUAGUACUUAAUAUCAAGGUUGUUUAAUCACUGGCUCUGUUACUAUAACCAUUAAAUAACACAUACAUAUCCUCACUAGGCAGUGUGACAAUAUUACAGAGGAAUUCACUUUUAUCAUGUUUCCUUCAAUUGACAGUACAACACAAAUGUAAAGAAGAGUCUUUGGCUACGAAGUACUUGCAAUAAGCUAAUGUAUAAACGCGAUUGUGUUCAUUAUUUAAUGUAUGCGUAGUUUCCAUUGUACAUUUUGUAUGAUAUGUCGUCAUAAUAAGAUGUAUUUAGCCGUCAAUGUAAAGCGAAUCGCUCUUUCACAGUGCCUAUCGCGCGGAAAUAUUGAUAUUAUUCCUUGUUGCGUGAUCUAGUAGUUAGAUGUGAUUAUUUCGAGAUUUACAUGGACAAGGUAGCUUCGUGAGGCAAACAUACGUAACGAUAAACAGAUUUGUACAUUAUCGAGUGUGUUAACCCUUUGACCGCCAAAGACGCUUUAAAGCGUCAUUCAAUAACUUGAUCGAGACGCCAAUGACGUCUUAAAGCGUACAUCGCAUUUCAACUUUUAAUGACGAAUAAAACUUAGCUAAUGUUAAUUUUCUGAAUCAGGAAUAUUUAAAACUCUUCAUAUUGACUUCGACUACUAUAAUUAUGCAUUAAACCAUUGAGCUAUAGUAUAAUUGGACACGUAAUACUAAAAAUUAACUCAUCAAAAAAUUUACUUAUAUAGUUACACUCACACCGCCAACGACGCCUUAAAGCGUCGACUAGUGUUGUGACUACCCUCGAAUGAAAAAAAAUAAUAAUAAUAGGUCGGUAGUUUCAAAAAUGGUGCCAGUCAAGAUUUUUACGUCAUAUUAUACACUAACUGUCGAAAGCGAGGCGUGUAAACGGCUCUGUGUAUUUUUGGUUGACAAGCAUAUUAUUAUUACUGUUUCCGCAUAAAUUUGAAGCUGCGUUUUGAACCGUAAUGGAGAAGAAGACUGGUAAGUUUACGUUAUUUUUCUUUGAUUUACAUUUUUUUUUAAUUGAUAGUAAAAAUAUAAUUAGCAUACAGUAUGUACCGCAUUUGCUUGAAAAAUUAUUAUUCCUCGAGUCAAAAUAUUUAAUAAUUUUGAAAUAGUGGCCCACCAUUCGAAUGUCGAUACAUCAAAAGUGAUAAUAGGUAUUGUAAAUAAAAUUCCUAACUCUAAUAGACUACUUAAGUAUAGCCAACAUGUGUAACGUAUUAAUUAAACAUAAUUUUACGAAAAAAUAUAUAUUAUUAUUUGUAUCGCUUACUGAUUUUACACAGAUUUGAAGCGCCCAAGAGAGCAAUCGCCAAGCAUCCUACCCCAAGUUGCUCAAACACAAGCCAAACAUAAGCCCACAUCAGCUGCAACUUCUCAACAUACUAAUAUUGAAAAAAAUAUCACAAGACCAUGUUUAGAAUGUAACAAAUAUGAACGUGAUGAUAAAAGGAACUACUAUUAUUGUCAAUUACUAAAUGAAGAAUUCAUGUACAUUAAACCGUGUAUUCGUUCACGUUGCUACAUAAAAAUAUUGAAUUUUUUAGAGCAUGCAAAGAACGCUCAUUUUGACGAAAUAAACAUAGAUUUAUCAGACACAGAGAAACAGUAGGUUUCGAUAUGUUUGAAGAUGAAAAAAUAAAGAAUAUUCUUAAUAGUUUUUUUCUCAAUAUAAUAUAAUAUUUAUUAUUUAACAUAGUGCCUAGUUUCUAACUAAUAUGUAUUAAGUAGGUAUAUUUGUUUGCAGUACCGACAUACAUUGAUCUAUAAAUAUAAUUUAUUUACCUAGGUACUUAGUUUCCUUGUAACAUUAUAGUUUUCCCUUUACUUAAAUAAACAUCGACAACUUAUUCGAACAUUACUAAUAAUCACACAUUUUUCUAUGUCGUGAACGCCGUUGACGACUUAAAGCGUCCGCCUAUGACGUCACAAGCGAGAACGUUGGUUGUUAUAGUGUUGGGAUUUGACGGUAGGAAAAAAUAACAUUUUAUCGAUGUACCCUCAAGACAAAUUAUUAUUAUAACUGCAAUAAGUAUUUCACUAGCAGAUCGUUUUGUGUUACGCGUUUUUAUUAAAGAUAAAUAUGGAUCACGAGGAGCUCCUUCGUAUUUUAGAAGGUGUCGAUGAUGGAAUCGAAAUUGAAUCUGCAUCUGACAGUGAAAUUGAAGAUGAAUUUGAGGUGAGUCAUUUCUAAGUUCACAAACCUACUUCUAACAUUACAAGUUAUACUCCGCUGAGAUUGGACGGCAUGCCCGAAAUUUAGUUUAGCGUUUUUUAGCUCCCUUACGCCCUGUGUCACGGAGUACUCUAAGAAUUACGGGUACAAAUUACACUCGGACAGAAACACAAAUGUGUGUGUUAUGUGGGAAUAACGACCUAAACUAUUCGACUACCGAGGCUGUCCAUAAUAAAUCAUAAUAAAAUCGUUUAUUAACUUUAAAGUUUACUGUCUAAGGACUACUGUCCUUAAUAAUUAAUUUUAAUUGAUAUUCAUUUAUCUUUUUUAGGCUGUACUAACUGAGAACCUCCCAGCAUCAAAUCCUCCAAAUGUUCAGGAUGAAAGUGAUAUAGUUGAGAACAUACCAGGACCACCUCCUAUUCAAUGGACAAGACAACCAUUUGGAAUAGAAACUCCUUUUUUUGAUGACUUUGGUAGUGGUAUUUCACCUUCAUUAAACUUAACAUCAUCUUCAAACGAAUUAGCAGUUUUUGAGAAGUUCGUGGACGAAGAGUUAAUAAAAACAAUAAUACGCUACACUAAUCGGUAUCAUUGCUACUUCAUACUAAACACGGAUUUGAGGAACCACUCGAGGCUGCAGACUUGGAAAGAUGUAACCGUUCCAGAAAUGUAUAUAUUUUUGGCUAUUACUAUGUUAAUGACUAGAAACAGUCGCUUAACGAUUGAAGAGCAUUGGUCAACAAAUCCGCUAUUGAAUUCUCCAAUUUACACAACUCUAAUGAGUAGAAAUCGUUAUACGACAAUAUUAGGAAUGUUGCAUUUUUCUGAACCGAGACCAAGGCAUGCCAAUGACCUAAUAUUGUCAAAGAUAAUAACGGUGGUAGAUGACGCAAGACAAAAAUUUCAAUCUAAUUUUAUUCCGUACAAGAAGCUAUGUAUUGAUGAAAGUAUUGUUCCAUUUAAAGGAAGGUUAAUUAUCAAACAAUAUAUACCUAAUAAGCGUAAUCGAUUCGGCAUUAAACUGUUUGUCUUAUGUGAUGUAGAAACGAGAAUUAUAUUGGAUUUUAUCAUAUAUACUGGUUUAGAAACUGAAAUAAUACGCGAUGCAGACCUAGGUGUAAGUGGAUCAAUAGUUAUUACCUUUUUACAAAAAUAUUACUUUUCGAAUAGACAAAUUUAUAUGGACAACUGGUACAGCAGCCCCAAAUUAUUUAUUUCUUUAUUAAAUCGAAAUAUAGGUGCUUGUGGAACUGUAAAACGUAAUCGCAAAGAAAUGCCUGAAUUCAAGAAACUGAAAAAAGGCGAGAGGGAUGUGAAAUAUGCUCCCAAUAUAAUGGCUCUAAAAUGGCACGACAAAAAAGAUGUGUACAUGAUCACUACUAUGCAUAAAGAUCAAAUGGGACCUACUGAAAAAAUUGAUCGGUCCACAGGUUUACCAAAAAUGAAACCCGAAUGUGUUAUAGAUUACAACGAACACAUGGGAAUCAUUGACUUGAAUGACAUGAUGUUAAGUUCUUUACACAGUAUUCGAAAAGUGACGAAAUGGUACAAAAAGUUAUUUUUUCAUAUAAUUGACCUCUAUUUGCUAAACGGUUACAACUACUACAAAGUUUUGCAAGACAACAAAACACUACGUUUUGCCAAGUACCAACUGGCAGUCGUAACACAAAUUAUCCAAAAGUACGCAGGAGACAAGACCUUACCGAUGACUUCACGAAAUGUAGACCAACCAUUACGAUUAAUAGGAAAUGCGGCACGCCACAUGCCAGCAUAUUUACCGGAUUCGAAAAAAUUACGUUGUAAAUUAUGUAGUAAUUUGAAACGCAAAAGGCGAGAUACAAGAUUUUGGUGUGAAAUUUGUAAAGUGCCUCUUUGUGUUACAUGUUUUCGUGAGUAUCAUGAAAUAGAAAUAUUGCACUAACGCAGAACUUAUUGUCAUACUUUGAUUAUAAUAAAUAUCGACAACUAUUAAUAAAUCUAUCAUCACAUCACUGUCUAUGUUACGUUUUUAUGACAAAAUUACCCCUCUCCUACGCCAUUGACGCUUUAAAGCGUCGACUAGUUACGGGAAAAUAGGGUAAUAUGUUAUUUUUAUAUGCAAAAUCAAUAUUUACAGAGGCAUAUACAUAUACACUAAUGUAAGGUAUUUGAUCAUAAACUAAAUCUUCAAUGGUAAAAGUAUUAUUUUAUUUGUAAACCGUGUACACAAGCACAAUGUAUCGAUGUUUUAUUGAUUCAAAGGUUUUUUUUAUCGGUCUAAGGGUUAAUAAUGAUAAACUAAAUAUUUUUUUAUUUCAUUAUUAGUAAAACUUCAGUUGUAUAAGCAUUAUUUUAUUUGUAAACUAUGCACAAACAAAAUGUAUCGAUGUUUUAUCGGAUUGCGUUUCCCAUCACUAUUUUUUUAUAGGUAUAAUACAACGAAUUUAUUGCUUGGCGUCGGGAGCACGGUUUUUCGUUAUUAGCGUGGCGGUCAAAGGGUUAAUGAGUUCAAAGUAUUUUAUUGCCUCGUGACACCAUUUCUACACCGAGGCUUCCUUGCACCAUGAUAGAUUCUGAUUAUUUUACAUUAAUUCUGGUUUGAUGUUAGUUAGGAGGAAUCCAUGAAGGCACAAACAGCGUUGUACAAAUACAAAUUGUAAAUAUCUGGCGUUUGAGCUGAAGUACACAGCCGACAAGUAAAUUUCGUUAAAAUGCGAGUUUCCUUUAAUUUCGUUAAAUUUAUAAAUAGUACAAAUGUAUUUGUAAGUGUCAUCGUGUUCGAACGCGAGGCGAAGAAAAAAAACAUAUUUUUAAUUCAACGUAAUCAGUGUAUAUUUUGAAACUAACAAUUAAUAUAUUAUGUAACUUAUAUCACUAAGUUGUAUGCAUUUUGUACAAAACAUUAGAUAUUUUUUACUGAAGAGUGUCAGUAACAUUAGUACUUAGUAUUGUGAGCAGCUUUUAUAUCCCACAUAAAUAAUGUAAAUUAGGUAAAAAUACUAGUCGGAAGUUUGCGGAAAUCCUAAAUAUUGCAUAUCCAGCUAAACAUUGAUAUUAUAUUCGAUAUUACGCUUACCCGAGGUGCACUGGAUUGCUGUACCAUCGAGCUGGUGACACAUGGUUCCGUUCACAUGAAGGCCUAUGUCGGGAAGCUUGAAAUUAUCACUUAAAUUAGCGAGUAAAUUAUAAUUAAGGUGUAUAUCGGAACAUUCGAAUAAUAUUAGCUUUGGUAAUUAUUGUUAGCCCGAAUCAGUGCCUAAAGUCUGCUGGAACGGUACAUAGAGAUUAUGCCAUCGAGAGGAACGAUUUUAUCAAAAUGAAUUACUUUCUAUUAUUUAUUAUGGCCAGUAAAAUCAUUAUUGACAACUGAAGAGAUGUAUUUAUUCUUUCAAUUUUUAUUAUUUUCUUGUGCAAUAUGUGAAAUUAUUUUGCGUCCAUAUUUAAUUUAAUUAUAUUUUUAUUAUUUAUAAACAAACGUCGUGAAUGUAACAGUAUUUUAUACAGUAUUCGAAGUAUUGUAUAUUCGGAAAUUAUAUGUAUGGUUGUAUGUAGUAUAAUUUAUUAAGUUAGCUUGACCAGUGCCAAUGUCGUCCAGUGUUUUGUUUACAUUAUCUUUUAUUUCCAUGUUUAGUACAAACCAAAACGUAACCAAAUUAUCGUAAGAAUCUCUUGUAAAAUUAAGUUUCAGUUUAACAAGUCACAAAUUCUGAGUCAACGAUUAAAACGAUAUUAUGUAAAUAUUUAUCUGAGAUUCACGGCGCGUUUACUUAAAAAAAACUCUAGUCCUGAAUUUUUAUUUUAUUUUAAUAUCUGGCUGGUAAUCGAUGUGGUUACGAACGACUGGCGAACGUACUUCGAAGGAAAACGUAGUUUACGGGGCAUUCCUGUGUUUUAUAUACAUUCCAUAUGUUUUGAAGUGAUAUUAUUGUAAUCAGAGAUGCGUUUAAGACGAGUGUAAAGGUUUUGUGUGCCAAUAACAUGAGGUGGGAGGAUGCCUUACGUCUGUACGUUGAAUCGACAAAUAAAAACCUAGAUUAAGCUUUU